GCUGGAGGAAGAGGAGGAGGAGGAGACACCCGGCAGCACCCCCACCCCCACUCCCAAGGCAGGGGGCUGUAGGGCCGGCUGUAGGGCCGGGGGUGGGAGGGGAAAGCUGCGCCGGCAGCUUUUAUACGCGGGGCGGCGGCGGAGCCGCUCCUGCCCGGAGCCAUGCGGGGCCGGGGGCUGCUCUGCGGCAUCGCCCUCUCGCUGCUGCUGCGACCACCGCGCCGAGGAGAGGUGGCCGCCGGCUCGGAGCCGCAGCCCGUGGUGGUGGUGCCGCGCUGGGAAGCGCCGAGGAGCCCCGGCGGCGAGAAGCAUCCAUUCCGAGCCGAAGUUAAGAUAGAGGCAGAAGGCCAGGAGCUCGUCUUGGAGUUAGAGAAAAAUGGAAACCUCUUUGCACCAGGCUACACCGAGACUCAUUACAACCGGACGGGACAAGCUCAGACCGUGCCCCUGAGCCACACGGAGCACUGCUUUUACCAUGGGACAGUGCAGGGCAGAGAGCACUCCAGCGUGGCGCUCAGCGCGUGCAGGGGCCUGCGAGGACUCAUCGUGUUGAGCAGCAACUCCAGCUACAUCGUGGAGCCUGUCCCUGGCAGCCCAGACCAGCACUUUAUCUACAGGUUGGGUGACCUGAGGCUGCAGAGAGGAGCCUGCGGCCACCGGGACAGCGUGGUCACAGCUGAAGGCUGGCUCAGGGACUUCACAGCCGGGGUGAAAACACCCCACCUCAGGGUGAGGCGGGAGACUCUGCAGACUAUGAAGUACGUGGAGCUGCUGCUUGUGGCUGAUUACGCGGAGUUUCAGAAGCAUCACUUCAACAUCGAAGCAACAAGGCUUAAACUAGUGGAGGCAGCUAAUUACGUCGAUAAGUUUUACAGGUCCCUGAAUAUCCGUAUUGCCUUGGUGGGGCUGGAGAUCUGGACUCAUGGGAACAAAUGCGAUGUAACUGAGAAUCCCUACUCCACCCUGAAGUCCUUUCUGGCCUGGAGUAGCAAGGAGCGGGUGUACAGAAAAUACGAUAAUGCCCAACUAAUCACGGGUGUGCCCUUCCAAGGUACCACAGUAGGCUUGGCUCCCGUGAUGUCCAUGUGCUCUGAUUUCCAGUCAGGAGGAGUAAACAUGGACCACUCUGAUAAUGCCAUCGGUGUUGCUGCUACCAUUGCCCAUGAGAUGGGACACAACUUUGGCAUGAAUCAUGAUUCAGCUGGCUGCUGUACUACCCGUGCGGAGGAUGGAGGCUGCAUCAUGGCUUCUGCAACUGGGCACCCAUUCCCCAGGGUAUUCAACCAGUGCAACAGGAAAGAGCUGGAGAAGUAUCUGCAGUCUGGUGGAGGGAUGUGCCUCUCCAACAUGCCAGACACCAAAAAUAUGUAUGGAGGGAAGAAAUGUGGAAACGGCUACUUGGAAGAGGGGGAGGAGUGUGACUGCGGAGAGGUGGAGGAAUGCGAUAACCCCUGCUGCAAUGCCAACAACUGCUCCCUGAAGCUGGGUGCCGAAUGUGCCCACGGCAGCUGCUGUCAUCAGUGCAAGCUGAUGUCUCCGGGAACUCUCUGCAGGGAACGGUCAGGACUGUGUGACCUCCCAGAAUACUGCACUGGCCAGUCACCAUUUUGUCCCCCCAACUCUUACCAAAUUGAUGGGGCUUCUUGCGAAGGAGGAAGGGCGUAUUGCUACAGUGGCAUGUGCCUCACGUAUGAAGACCAGUGCUUGCAGCUGUGGGGGCCUGGAGCAAGGCCAGCACCAGAUGCUUGUUUUGAGAACGUUAAUGCUGCCGGAGACGUCUACGGGAACUGUGGGAAGGACAUCUACGGCAACUACAGGAAGUGCGAGAGAAGAGAUGCUAAAUGUGGGAAGAUCCAGUGCCAGAGCUAUGCUUCCAAACCCCUGCAGUCCAAUGCCGUAGCCAUAGACACAACCAUCUCCCUGCAGAGGAUGCAGGUGAAGUGUCGAGGGACCUACGUGUACAGAUCUGAGAAAGAAGACAAGGAGAUGCUGGACCCUGGCUUGGUGUUGACAGGAACAAAAUGUGGGAGCCAUCAUGUUUGCUUUGAGGGGCGCUGCCAGAACACAUCCACCAUCUUUGAGUCUGAAAGCUGUAGCAAGAAGUGCCACGGCAAUGGAGUCUGCAACAACAACAAGAACUGCCACUGCAACCCGGGAUGGGCUCCCCCAUUUUGCAACAAGCAGGGGAGGGGAGGAAGCAUGGACAGUGGCCCACCCAUGCCAGAAGGCUCUUCAGCAGCAGUGAUAACUCUGGUGAUCCUGGCUCCCAUUCUCCUUCUCAUUGGAAUCAUGCUUUUGCUGUAUUAUCUGAAAUGCUGGAAUAAAUUUGUCAUCUGUUCUCUAAAGAAGGCCCCGCAGUUCAGCGACGCCUCUGGAAAUGGCCAUGCGAACCCUGCCUUCAAGCUGAAAACCCCUCAGACGCAGAGAAAGGUGAUUGAUUUCCCUGAAAUCCCAUCAAAACCUCCUCCCCAGCCACCUCCCUGCCUCCAAACAAACAUGCAGCAGCCAUCUGCCUUCUCCAACGGCUACAACCACAGCAUGGGGAAACCUGCUGGGGUGGCACAGCCGACACCAGCAAAGGACGUCGCCCGGCGGACACCCCCGAGCAGGCCAGCACCUCCUGCCCCCAAGCCACCCGUCUCUCAGGACGUUUCUAGGCCGCAGCCACCCCAAAGAGCUUUGCCAGCCAACCCAGUCCCGAACAGAACCAGAGCAAGGCCCGGGGAUGGCCCUGCCCUCCCGCUGCCUCCUGCCCGCCCCAGGACCCCGGGACAGCUGCAGCCUGCGGGGCAGAAUACCAGUGUUGGGACAGCUGGAGCAGCAAACUUCUUGAGAGUGGGACAGUCGGGCUUCCGUGUGCACCCAUGAACCAGUCUGUUCCCAGCUGACUCUAGCCUUCACAAGGGACUGGAUGGCCUUCGUCACCCAAAAAAAAAAACAACAAAAAAAACCACAGUCAAGGGCCGCAGAUGAUUUCUCAGUUCCUCUCCCUUGGUUUCAUUUGUUUCCUAUGUGACUCAACAAGCUGCAGUCAGGCUUGGCAGGAGUGUGCCCAGGAACUGAGCCGGUACACGCCAAGCUGAACCCCUCCCUAUCUGCUAAUAGCCUUUUCCAUAUAGGGAUGACUUGUUUAUACAGUAUUUAUAUAUUAUUGUGCAAUAUCCAAUGCAGGGAUGGGGCAAUGCGGGCUUCAGGUGGUUUUAGCAGUUAUUUAAGUGUUUUCAGGCACUGCAGGUGAUGGCCUUGAUGGGCUUUAAUGUAGGAACAAGCCCUGUUCGCUUUCUCAGCCCAUCCAAGCAGCUGCAGAAGCAUAUGUUGGUGCUAUAGAGAAACCAUUGCCUCUUGGGAGACCAGGAGGCAGCUGUUGAUAACUUUCUUCAAUUUAUUCACAGUUUACAGUGGCUGGCAAACUGGGCCGCAACAGAGAGCAAACCAUGGGAAUAUUCCUGGUUAAAAUCAUUUGAGUCACUGUGGAUUCUGGUUAGCUUUAAUAGAGUGGAUUAAUUAUUUCCCCGUAAAACCAUCUUCAGCAUGGGCUUCGCAGCCUGUCUGUCCUCCAGCACUUGCUCAUCUUGUCUCGGUGCUGUAGGACCUGACAGCAUCAGCAGCGUGGCUCAUGCACUCUCAUCCGUGUCAUUGGGACACAACAAGGUACGACAGGGACACACUCCAGCCAAGACAUGGAGCAAAUGGCCAGAAGGAAGCACAGCAAAAGCAGUGCUGAAACCUCCUCUCCACCAUGCGGUACCACAGAUAAUCAGUAGACACUUUUGCAUGCGUCUUUUCAGGAUUUUGGUCUGUGCUGAGCAGUAAUUCAGCACAGGCUGUCUGCUCCCAUAUCAGUGAGAAAUCUACCUUAAUGUUGCCCAGGUGGUAAGACAGCAGAAAUAUUAAUAUGACACAUGGUGCUUUUUUAGCACAGCUUAUUUACUCCAAGGAUUUUUCUCAAGGACUCAGAUGGAGAGAGCUGUCCAUGUGCACUUUAAGCAGCUGAUGGUUCUGACUCUGAGGACCCUCCCUUCUGAAUUUGAUUUUUUCUCCUAAUUGUUUGGGCUUUUGUACAUUUUUUUCUUCAGGAUUUUAAAUUAAGACCUUUUGUUAUGCCAUUUUUUCCUUUUUUUUUUUUCUUUUUUCUCUUUUUUCCUUUAUUUCCUAGGAGAACACAAUGAGUUCUGGACCUAUGGUUGCAAUAAUAUUGUGUUGUGUGUGAGUUUGUUAUGGACAACUCUUCAAACAGUGUGCUUGCUGCUGCACAUGUGAGAAAUUGUAUUAUUGGCUUAAAGAAAAAGAAAUGUUGUUCUGGUGGUUCUGUUUACCAAAGCUCUACUGAUGGGGGGGAGGGAAAGCGGAGAAGAACCAACAGCAACAGACAAAGCCUGAGCACUCAUUAAGUUAUUUGUGGCAGUAUAUCUGUAGGAUGACUGAAACCACACCAUUUUUUGCAACUUUACUACCUCUUUCUUCACAAGGAAACAGUAUACAGGGUGUAUCUUGAAUUUCUAGUUGACUAUUCCUUAUCUUGAUCGUUUUGGACUUUUUCUUACCUUCUGUAUGCCUGCAAAACAAAGCAACCUAAAUUACUCCUCUCUGAAAUAAUGGCUGUCAGGUGAAAGACUUUACCUUUCUAACCUUUAUAUUAUGUCUUUUUCUAUAGUUGGGGUAUUCUACAUGUAAACAACCUAUAUUCAAACCCCCAGAUUUGUUGUUUACUGCUCACAGGUGGAGACCCAGCCAUCUUAUCUAAGCUGGGUGCAUACAGUGUCUGCUGUAGUACAGAUUCAACCAGAACUGGAUUUUUUUAACUGCAGACAACGGUAUAUUUCUGCUACAGCCCCUGAUCUUUAUCAAAUGACCACCAAAAAUCAGUAAGAAUAUUUUUACUGCAUUCCAUGUGAGCAUGGGGUCAAGCUUCUAAGAAAUGUCCCCAUACACACACAACUCAGAGAACAACUAGAGAUGACCAAACCCUGAUGGAAACCUUUGUUACUGGAAUAUCCUGAAGUCACUAAAAGGUAUUUUUAAAGUCCUUUCAAAUUUUCAUGUGUUCCAGAUGAAUGAAUAAUAACAGGGGAACUGCAGGAGGAGUAAAAGAUGCAAAAAUAUGAUUAUUUUUUUAAAGGCAAUGUUACUUGGAAGAACACGUACAAAAAUACAUCUCACUUUCUCCUGUAUCCACACAGCAAAGGUUUACAAUAAUGCUCUCUGUGCAUCUAUGCAAAUACUUGAAGAAUGCAACUCAUUGUGCCUUUUGCCUAGUUUUUAAUAAAUUUGUCAGUUGUC